AUGAAAUCAAGUCUAAUCAGUCCGGUAUGUGUAAACAUACUGAAGAAUAUAAAAUACCCACCCUUCAGGAAAAAUAUUAGAUAUUAUACAACUACAUUAAUGACUAAAUAUGCUCGGUUUCAUGAAUUUCAAACCUUUCGAAACCCUAACUUGAGACUUUACUCAACUGUUGAAGAUUCCAAGUCGUCGGAACAAAAAUCUACCAAAGAUUCCAAUGAAGAACCUGAUUUAGAUGAAGAAAAUGGUAGGGAGGAAACAAAUUUGUCUCCAGAAGAGCUUCUGAACCAAGAGAACGAGCUGCUCAAACAGAAGUUGAGUACAUUGGAAACUAAGCUGAAGGAGUUGGAGUUGAAGUAUAAAAUGAGUUUGAGCAAUUGUGAUAACUUGUGUAAGAUUCAUAAGAAAGAGUUGGAAAACACAAAGGUUUAUGCAGUAACGGAGUUUGCGAAGGGGUUGUUGGAGGUUGCCGAUACCUUUGAAUUGGCCCUAAAGCACUUGGGAGAGUCCGACCCCAAAAAAUCAACAGAAGAUUUUGUUGACGGAAUUAAAAUGACAGAAGCCAUGCUUCACCAGACUUUUGAGAAGUUUGGAAUUAAGAAAUAUGAAAGCAUGAUGGAGGACUUUGAUCCUCAAAUCCAUGAGGCAAUGUUUGAAGUCAAAGACAAUGACUCACAUAAUAAGGUAGUACAAGUUGUUAAAAACGGAUAUACAAUAAGUGGUCGUGUUUUAAGACCAGCUAAAGUUGGUGUUUCUAAACGUCAAUAA